AUGGUAUGCAUCUCGCGGCUUGGCUGUGCUACCUUUCGUUCAGAAGCGGGCGAAUAUGAUGAAAGGAAGUUCCAGAAGUUGCAGGAGAAGACCGAUUACGUGCGGCGCGAGUUCAACCUGCCCGACACGGAAGACGUCAUUCAGGAUUACUUUUGCCUGUGGGGUGCGGCAAAGGGACGUCUCUACGUGACGGAGAAUCACAUGUGCUGGGCCUCCUCAAUCACCUCUACCACGGAGAAAAUAUCGUUUCGCAAGGUCACGCUGAUCAAGAGCGCCAAGACGCUCGGGCUUGUGAGCAGCGCCAUCGACAUCUCCACCGCCACCGAAAACUACCACUUUUCCUCGUUCGUGCAUCGGGAUGAGACGUUCAACCUGCUGAUGCACCUGUGGCACUACCCGCCCACCUUCAUCUCCAUUGAACCCCCCGAGCCCCGCAGGAUCGCCUCAGCGCUGCCUGCGCCUGCGGGCGCCAGCGGAGCCGAGGCCGGCGGACGGGCCGACGGCGGCAAGGCGUCGUGGAGGCAGAGCGGCGCGGUCCGCGGGGGCGCCGGCAAGGGCUGGGGCGCUGGCGCCGGCGGUGGUGCCGAUGGCUGGGGCGACAGUGACGCUGGCGGCGGCGGCGGGGGUGGUGGAGGCGGCAGAGGAGGAGCCUGGGGCGGCAGUACCUCCAGCUCCAGUACGGGCUGGAGCGCUAGCGGCGGCGGCGGCGGAGGUGGCGGUGCGUCCAGUGCUGGCAACUGGUUCGGUGGUGGAGGUGCUUACUCCCUUACUCUUCGUCGUCUGCGUGCGUGUGCGGUGGUGCGUGUGCGGUGGUGCGCGCUGGCGUGA